AUGAGAGUAAAUCCCCAACGAAGGCCUGUCCCUACCCGAAGACACCGGAAGGUCCUGUCAUGCACUUCCUGUCGCGAUCGCAAAGUCAAGUGCGAUCGUUCAAAGCCCUGCGCGCAGUGUGUGCGCGCCAACGCCCAAGAUGCUUGCUUCUAUUCUUCUACUACUUCUUCUCCGUCGCAAUCUUCUCCGGGGUUAACACCAAGGUCUGCCAAAAGGUCUCUGAUUGUACGAGAAGAAGAUGCGCAAACUGCAAAUGCGGUAAGGCAACUGUCUGCGGGGCCUUCGCUUGGUACACCCCCGUCAACUGUCACUGCUGGGAGUACGUGCAAUGUUGAUGGGGAUGCUGCUGCGAGAAGGUCUAUCUUUCGGUCGUCGCCCUUGAGUGCAGUGGGUUCGACGAGGGGAAUUACAGCUCCUCGAUGCUUUGACGUACAGCCUCAACAUGAUAGAGGGCAGGCCUCAUCUGCAUCAGGGGAUACCUUCUCUCAAUAUCUCUCGCCGUUGUCGUUUCGAGGGAAGCAGCAAAGAACCCGGUUUUUUGGACGGAGUCACUGGGCGACUACCCUUGGGAUGUUCCCCGAUUUCAACGCCCAUUUGCAUGAGUACUAUCGGAACAAGCAAACUCCCACCAACCCAGGAUUCACGGAUUACCUAUCCCUAAGACGACUAAAACAUGAUCUGAGAGGACCUGAGAGACGACGACAGAGCGACCAGCCACCCUCGUCAAAACUGAUUGAAUUAUUGCCUGAUCGUCCUCUAGCCGAAUACCUGAUGCGAUCGUACUUCUCAACCUUCGAGACAACAUUACGCAUACUGCACGUCCCAUCAUUCAUCAGCGAAUGGAAAGCUUUCUGCGAUCGUAAGAUGUCCCACGCUGAUGGAUUGCUCAAUAGCAAGUCCGAUAUUUUUAUCGCAAAACUCCUCAUGUUAAUGGCAUGCGCCAGCUGCUUCGCCACCGAGAAGACAGAACCACUGGCAUCCGCGGGCUUCAGCCCGCAGUCACUGAUACAGACAUGUCAUACUUGGAUCUCAGCAGUCACCACAUGGCUAGCAGCCAUGACAAGCCACACCCAACUGAAUCUGGAUGUGAUCCAGAUCAAAUGCCUACUGCUUCUUGCACAGCAAGCAACCGCCCGAGACGGCGAUCUAGCCAGCCUGGCGUCCGGAUCCCUACUCCGCGAAGCGAUGCUAACGGGUCUUCAUCGGGAUCCAUGCAACUUUCCCAGCAUUUCCCCGUUUUGGGCCGAACUACGCAAACGCCUCUGGCUAACAGUCAUCGAGCUGGAGCUCCAAGCCUCUCUGUACAGCGGGAUACCAUUGGCAGUAUCAUGGGACGAAUUUGACAGCCCCUUGCCAUCUGACAUUGACGAUGAGGACAUUACCGUCGACUCGCUCCAUCGACCUCCCUCGAGGCAAUCAAAUACCCUAACCAGAACAUCCUUCCAGAUUGCUCUAGCGCAGACACUAGAGACUCGUAUAGCUAUAUCCAAAAUGAUCAAUCGGGUACGCCUGAGCGCGACUUACAACGAUGAAGUCACCACCCUCAGCGAACGCCUGACAACAGGACUGGCGCAGGCUCCAGCAGACCUCCGAGACGACCCCAGUACAUCACCCUCACCUAACGACAGCAGCGUCAACACAGAGUUCCGCCGCUCAUUCUUCCUCUUCUUGCACUACCGCAGCCUCCUCGCCCUCCACCGACCCUUCUUCCUGCGCUUCACAGAAACCCAACUCGACCAGGAACCCUUCAUAUUCUCGCGACGAGUUUGCGUCCAGACCAGCCUAGCUUUGCUUUCUCAGCUAGAGCGCUUUCCACACCACCACCCCAACAACAACCAGCCAUCAGCACCACUACCUAACAACAACAACAACCAAUUCUCCCCACACAUACACCACCUUAAAGGCGGGCUCUUCCGCGACGACCUUUUCCACGCGGCAGCAACAAUCUGCUUCGAGCUACGCUUACAAACCAAAUCCCAUGGCCGAGUAGUCGAUAUACCUUUCCCUGGGAGGAGUAGUAUCUCGAACUACAUGGAUCAAAGUGUGUAUUAUCAGCGCCUGGCGCUGUUCGAGAGCGUGGAGAACACGAUUAGGUAUUUUGAGGAGAAGGUGAGAGUGGAGAAGAGGGCGACGAAGAUGUUUAGUAUAUUGAUGAUUCUUUUUAUGGUGGUUAGGAGUGAGAUGGUAGCUGCUAAGGAUGGAAGUAUAGAUGGGGAUGGGGAUGGGGAUGGGGAUGGGAAUGGGGAGACGGUGCCGUUGGGGGUUGAUGAUGCAUGUCCGGUUGUUUCGAGGAGGUGUAGGGAUGUAUUAUUGGAGGGAUAUCGAUGCCAGGAUGAGGAGAGGGAAAUGGGACGACGUCUUGGAGAGGGAGAGAGUGGCGGGGUAUAUCAAGUGGCAGAGUCUUCGCAAACGCAGGGUUUGGAAUCGGAUACAGCUGUAGAUGCGUGUCAUCAUACGAAUGCCCCGCGGCCAGUGACUUGGGAUGAUGCUGCAGCUGGUGAUCUGAGACAUCUUGAUUUCGACUGGUGUUUCGCGCUUGAUCCGCUGUCGCCUUAUCCGAUAAAUAAUUGGGCGGAUUUGGAUCAUCUGAUGAUGUGA